AUGCCUGACCUUGAUGAGGCCAUUGAGCUGCAUCGAGAUGCAUUACUCCUCCGUCCCCUCGCCUUCACGACAGAUUCGAGCGGCGUGGCAUCAUGUCGGACCUUGAUGAGGCCAUCGAGCUGUAUCGCGAUACAAUACUCCUCUGUUCCCCCGGUCAAUGCUGAAGACCAGUCCCCGCAAACCCGGCAACUCACUAUGCAAUGGGAUGACGUGGUUUCACGGAUCCGCAUGCUUCCCGACUUUUCUCGGUUUCUCCUGCCCCCCCUUUUCUCCGACCUCCAGAAGGCAGCUGAAGACGGUCCUGUCGUCAUUGUCAAUGCCAGUCAGUAUUGCUGCGAUGCCUUGAUUGUCCUCAGCGACCAAGAUCCUGUCCACGUUCCGAUUGAUAUCACGCAGACCGAAGUUUCUGAUUUGUCCUCCGAGUUUCAGUCCCUUACAAAAGAAUUUGGUUCUUCUGAUACUCAACUCGAGCUUGUCAGCAUCCUUCGUAAACUUUGGCAUCACAUCGUUGGCCCCGUGGUACAAGCCCUCAGGGUGUCAAAUGUUCGCCCUGGUUCGCGUAUAUGGUGGUGUCCCACUGCUGAGUUCGCGCUGCUCCCUCUACAUGCAGCAGGAGCUUAUGAGAAGAAGAGAGACAGUUUGUCUCACAUCUACAUCUCCUCGUACACCCCCACUUUGGCCACACUUGUUCGUGCGAGACGGCAGGUUUCACGAGAUGGCUCCCCUCAACAUUUUGUUGCCAUUGGUCAAGGAAACCCCGAUGGAGGGAAGCCACUUGAAUGUGUAGCUCCCGAGGUAGCCGUUGUCGCCAAGCGUCUCGCGCCCGUCGUGUCGUCCUUCAUGCGGCUCGAGGACAGCGAUGCAACGGUCAAGGGUACAUUUGAUGCCCUGAACAGCAACCAGUGGCUUCACCUGGCCUGCCAUGGAAUGCCUAAUCGACGACGACCAUUUGAAUCUUCCUUCGCAAUGCGUGAUGGGCCGUUGAUGAUCAAGGACAUCAUCCGAUCCAAUUGGCAGGAGCCGCAGUUUGCAUUCCUAUCGGCUUGCCACACUACCGUGGGCGAUGAGAAGAGUCCCGACGAAUCGAUCCACCUCGCUGCGGCAAUGCAAUUCUCCGGAUUUCGCAGUGUGAUUGGUUCCAUGUGGUCGGUCGACGAUGAGGUAGCACAGGAGGUUGUGUCUAGUUUCUACGACAACCUGAUCGAUGAUUCAGGGAGAUUGGACUGCACGCGCGCUGCAACGGCGUUGCACAAGGCUUUGAAGAAAUUGUGGCGCAGUGAUAUUCCACUGGAACAGCGGAUUGUAUUUGUUCACAUAGUUCUAAGUUAUCAUAGCAUAUGGGUUCGAACUUCCAAGAAGACUCUACAGAGUACGAGCAGGAUAGACUAUAACCCUAUACAUAACUGGCACAUGUAUGCAGCAGAGCACUGA